GGAUAAACAAUUAUUUUAGUACUUUGUAUUAUUCUUUCUGAGCCGGAGCCACUUAGGGCUUCGACACUCUCUUUCUUCGCCCCAAGAGAAAAAAAUCGCGGCUUUUGAUGGCGAAACAGCAAUACGGCUACACAACCAGCACUUACGGCGGCGGCGGCAGCGCUACAACCAGCAUCUACAAACCUCGAUCCGCAGACACUUCGUUGCUUGGCGCUACUUCCAGGUACUUGAGCGACUCCCUCACCUCUUCAUCCGCCAUGUCAUCAUCAAUGCUGUACGCCCCAGAGAGCUACUCUACUAGGAUUCCUGGCGUGUCUGCGCACUCGCAUGGCCCCCCUGGUGUGGAUGCUGCGUCGACGGACGCGCUCUACAAUGAGUUGAAGCGCGCUUCCACCGAAUCACUCUAUCACCAGACUCUUUUGGAUGCCCAUAACAAGGGGCUAACUGAAGCUUGGUAUUCGACAAACCCUUUAGCCAAGCGCCCUAGGUAUGACAGUACGAGCCAUUUGCCCGUUUACCCCCAGAGGCCUGGAGAGAAGGACUGUGCCUUUUAUAUGCAAACAAGAACCUGUAAGUUUGGAGAGAGCUGCAGGUUUGACCAUCCUAUUUGGGUUCCAGAAGGGGGAAUCCCGGAUUGGAAAGAGGUUCCGCCUGUACCAAGUGAGUGCCUUCCUGAGAGGCCAGGCGAUCCAGAUUGUCCUUACUUCCUGAAGACUCAAAGAUGCAAGUUUGGUAUUCGAUGCAGAUUCAACCAUCCUAAAGAUAGAAUCGUGUCUCUAGGUGCUACCGAAGAUGAUGGCACUUACUUACCUGAGAGACCAUCAGAACCUCCAUGUGCUUUCUACAUGAAGACUGGAAGUUGUAAAUUUGGUCCAACCUGCAAAUUUCACCACCCCAAAGGUGUGCCAAUACAACCAGCUGGAGAAGAAAUUGGUGCCGAGGUGCAGACCAGUCUAGUUGGAGAUGGGAAGACAGUGCAGCAACCUUUUGCCCCAGCGUUGGUGCACAAUACCAAAGGCCUCCCCAUCAGACCAGGUGAAGAGAAUUGCCCGUUCUAUCUAAAAACUAACAGCUGUAAGUAUGGGGCCACUUGCCGCUACAAUCAUCCGGACCGAUAUACCGCUAUUGCUCCUACUCUUAUGACCUCUCCCUCGGCACAUUAUAAUUAUGGGGUUGUUGCUCCGACAGCAUCUCUCCUCUCAGCAUAUGAUCCAAUGCUGGCUCAGACAGCGCUUGGGUUGAGCCCGGCCUUUUACCCUCAACGACCUGGACAGCUGGAAUGUGAUUAUUACAUGAAAACUGGGAUAUGUAAGUUUGGGAUUACCUGCAAGUUCCAUCAUCCUCUUGACCGUUCAACAACCAGUGUAGCAGCUACCUACACUACGGAAUCUCUGCAGGAAAACGUGAAACUAACUCUCGCAGGCCUGCCAAGGAGAGAGGGUGCUAUACACUGUCCCUACUACAUGAAGACUGGAACAUGCAAAUUCGGAGCAACAUGCAGGUUUGACCACCCACCUCCUGGAGAGGUGAUGGCAGUACCAUCCGCAGAAGAGCAACAGAAUGGAGAUGCUUAAAAUUAUCAAUGGGACAACAGCAGUAGAGUUAAACCGGAGUCCAACUAAUCUGUACCCCUUCGUCUCGUGAAUAAUUUUAUCUGUAUUUGACUUGUUUGUUGGAUCCAGUUUGGGUUCGAACUAUGUUGAUGAUAUCUAGCAUUUUUUUUUAAAUAAUUUUUUUUUGUUUGUCGACAGUUGAUUUAUUUUAUUGACUAUUGGCUCGUUUGGAGGUGUUGAAAGCUUUUGCCCCUUUGAAAUAAAUUUCAGCUA